AAAGAACAUGGCUGACGUCGGGUAUAACUGGCUGCUGGUUCUGACCUCGGUGUUUGUGUGUAAUCUCGUCAAAACAUUGUUACCAUCCAUUUCCUCACUUCUGUCAAAGGUCCUGCAGAAAGAUGCUGAGCAGGAAAUGGAGAUGAGAACAGAAAUCCAGAACAUGCGGUUAGAGCUUUCAUCUAUAAGCAUGAUGGAUGAAUUCGCCAGGUACGCGAGACUGGAGCGGAAGAUAAACAAGAUGACAGACAAGCUGAAAACUCAUGUGAAAUCAAGAACGGCUCAGCAGGCUAAAAUGAAAUGGAUUGUCAACAUCAUUUUCUACAUUCUUCAAGGUGUGCUCAUGAUCUCCCUUAUCUGGAAGUAUUAUGCAGACCCAGUCACUGUGGUUCCCAGCAAGUGGAUUUCACCACUGGAAAGACUUGUAGCUUUUCCAUCUGGAGUUGCAGGUGGUGUUGGAAUAACGUGCUGGUUGGUGGUCUGCAACAAAGUGGUAGCCAUUGGCAUUCAUGCUUUUAGCUAAUUCCCAUUUUAAGGCAUCUGUUCUUCAACUGUGGAAAUUAUUUACAAGAUCUCACAAUCAUGUUUGCAAAACGUGUUAUUAUGAGAACUAUUAUUUCAUUUCAUUAAAGCCAAACUAUGCAGUGUGUUUUAAAGACAUUUACGCUACCAGUUUUCCCUCGUCGAAUCUGAGGACGACGAAUCCAGUCCCUUCUUUCGGUUGUGUAGCAAACAAAGUUGUAAAUUUUGUCAGUUUGAGUAUAAAAUUCUACAUCGCUUUUGAGGCUCAUUCCACAUCUUUCGUAUACCAUCAGUAGUUAUUUAAAAUUUUGUUUAAUGUAAGGGGUUUUUGAAUCAGUAAACUGUAAAUACAGCUGUGCCUAUUUAUUGCACAUGUGUGUGUAUAUAGAUUGCCAUCAUUGCAUUUCAGAAAUAAUUCCCGAUAAUUUACUGCUAAUGGAAUUAACAUUCCUGAACACAUGGUUAAAAAAAAAAUAGUACUGGAUAAUGGAAAUACUAGUGACGUAUGUACAGUCAUGUUCAAAAUAAUAGCAGUGUGUUUAAAAACGUGAGUAAAGCUCAAAAUCCUUAUAAUAGUUUUUAUUUCCAUGCAUUGGGAACAGUGCACAUUAUAUUCUACAUCAAAACAUGAAGAAAAAUGUAUCAAUGUUUUAAUUACUUUACAGAAAAUGAAGAAAAAUGAAUUUUGGGCUGUUCAAAAAAAUAGCAGUGUCUGCAUUUUUCAUUACAAACUCAAAUAUUGACUGUAUAAACUGAAAAAAUCUUUAGGAUUUAGCAUUCCUGUGAAUCACUAAACUAAUAUUUCGUUGUAUAACCACGGUUUCUGAGAACUGCUUCACAUCUGUGUUGCAUGGAGUCGACCAACUUCUGGCACCUGUGAACAGGUAUUCCAGCCCAGGAUGAUUUGAAAACAUUCCACAAUUCCUCUGCAUUUCUUGGUUUUGCCUCAGAAACAGCAUUUUUGAUGUCACCCCACAAGUUUUCUAUCGGAUUAAGGUCCGGGGAUUGGGCUGGCCACUCCAUGACUUUAAUUUUGUUGGUCUGGAACCAAGAUGCUGCUCGCUUACUGGUGUGUUUGGGGUCGUUGUCUUGUUGAAACACCCAUUUCGAGGGCAUUUCCUCUUCAGCAUAAGGCAACAUGACCUCUUGAAGUAUUUUGAUAUAUACAAACUGAUCCAUGAUCCCUUGUAUGCGAUAAAUAGGCCCGACACCAUAGUAAGAGAAACAUCCCCAUAUCAUGAUGCUUGCACCACCAUGCUUCACUGUCUUCAGAGUAUACUGUGGCUUGAAUUCACUGUCUGGGGGUCGUCUGAAAAACUGUCUGCGGCCCUUGGACCCAAAAAGAACAAUCUUGCUUUCGUCAGUCCACAAAAUGUUUCUCCGUUUCUCUUUAGGCCAGUCGAUGUGUUCUUUGGCAAAUUGUAUCCUCUUCAGCACGUCUUUUUUUUUUAAACAGUCGGACUUUGCGGGGGCUUCUUGCCAAUAGAUUAGCUUCACACAGGCGUCUUCUAAUUGUCACAGUACUCACAGGUAACUUCAGACUGUCUUUCAUCACCCUGGAGCUGAUCAUUGGCUGAGUCUUUGCCAUUCUGGCUAUUCUUCGAUCUAUUCGAAUGGUAGUCUUCCAUUUUCUUCCACGUCUCUCUGGCUUUGCUGUCCAUUUUAAAGCAUUGGAGAUCAUUUUAGCCGGAGCAGCCUAUUAUUUUCUGCACUUCUUUAUGCGUUUUCCCCUCUUCAAUGAACGUUUUAAUCAAAACACGCUGUUCUUCUGAACAAUGUCUGGAACGACCCAUGUUUCUCAGGUUUUCAGAGAGAAAUGCAUGUACAACAUGUGCUGGCUUCAUCCUUAAAUUAGUGCCACCUGACCGACACCUGUUUUUUCACAGAAUGAAUGAUCUCACUAAUUGAACUCCACACUGCUAUUAUUUUGAACACGCCCCUUUCACUUAAUUAUUCAAUUACACAGACUCAGGAACAUGCAUAUCAUGAAUGUUGGAUCUGUUGGUUUUCUACGACUUUACUACACCUACUGGUAAAUUAUUUGCCAUGUAGUAAUAUAAUUUCUACCAAAAGCAGUGAUUGAUCUGGUUAGUCAUGUUGGACUGCUAUUAUUUUGAACACAACUGUACCUAUGGUUCUAUAAACACUGGAUAAUGGCCAUGGAUGGUGAAUGUCACGUGGAAACCUUCUUGUGUGCAUGGUAAGGUAGUUUAGGUAGCACAUGUACACACUUCUUGGACAUGCAUCCAUGAAGAGGAGACAUUCUGGGGUCAUGAGCAGGACUCAUGUGGUCCACUUGCUGAAUUCUGUGCAACAUUGGAAGUCAGGGUGAACUACAGUGAGUCAAUUUGCCAUUGGCGAAGACAUCCACCAGUGAGGUCUGCCAAACUUCUCCCAGGUCUGGGACACCACUCCUGGGUGCAGAUGCCUCAACAGCAUAUCUGCCACACUGUGGGUGCACCCACCUUGUGACCUUUUUAGUGCAAGGCAGACAGCACCAUCUAGCCUUGUGCUGUCUUGAUGUUAAAAUGGACCAACAUAUGGCAGUGUCUCAGAGCCAGAAAGGAGAACUGCUUUCUAAUCUCACAGUGUGGUUGCCCACACUGCCUGCAGCCAUUGAGAAAGGGUACAUGGUGGCUUCAAUGGGGCAACCCUUCCCAGGUGACUCCAGGAAUGCUUUUUGUCUCCAGCGUACUAGAGAUGAGGACACAUCUCUGUCUGUGGUGCUUGGGGUUUCAGGUAACUGACUGACUUCUGGAAGCUAUGGCUGGAGCUGCAGUCAGCAAUCCUAACAUCCUUAAUGCUAUAGAUCGUCCCACACCACACCACAUUGAGGUAUUGCCAAGGAAUUGCCAAGUCUGGGGCAGUUUGAGAUGACAGCAAUCUUAACGACUCUAGCUUCACACCAAUGAAUUGUGUGGAUGUUUCAUCUUUUUUUCUGGGUUCAGUGUGAGAUAGAGAGCGAGUGUGUGUGUGUGUCAAGAGUCCCAAAGUCAGGGCACACAGGAACCCAUCAUUCAAAUGUGGCAGUAUCCUGAUGCCUCCGGUCAUUAGGGUGAUCAGGCCACGUGUAUGCUCAUCCCAGACUUGUGGCUGAAGGAAAGAUAAUUGUUGGUUGAAUGAAAAUGGUGGUGAACGAGUCACGUGGUCACUUUGUGACUUUCUUGGGAGAUUUCGGCAUGUGCGCAUACAGAUACAGGCACGAGAAGGUAUCCAAGUGAUAUUCCGCACCCCUGGUGGUCAAGAGGGGUGAAACAGAACCUGCUUUAAAUUGAUCGAAUUGUGGUUGGAUUUGAUUUUUUUUUUUUUUUGCAUUUAAAUUAAAUUAAUUAAAAGUACAAAACUCAAUUUGAGGAAAAGGUUUUCUUUUUAAUUUAAAUUGAGGAAAUUUAAAUCAGGAAAUUAAAUGAGAAAAUACAUUUAUCAUUUGUGAUGAUAUCCAUACAGUGUUCUGUAUUUUCAGUUAUUUGAAAGGGUAGCGUUAGUGCACUGUGAAAACAAAACGUACUGCACCCUGGUUUGAUGUUUUGAAUUUAUUUGACUUUUUGGAUGUCUAUAUUGAUGAUGAUGAUUAUACUCAUUUGUGCUUUAUGAUGU